UUUGCCUAUAGUGCAUUACGGCACACACCAACACACACGGACAGUUAUGUUACAAGUGUGCCGCCGGGUUGUGGUGCCCGUUGCCACCGCCGCCGCCGCCGCCGGUCGACAAUCAUAAUGUUAUUAUUAUUUUUUUUAUUAGUAUAAUAUUUUUUUAAUACAUUUAUACGAGUAUUUUUUUUUAGUAAACGCGCGAACCGCCCGACGACCGUCGAUAGUGUUUUUAUUUUCCUCGUCCAGUUUCCGACCGAGUACGAGUAAAAAAAAAAAAAAUAAAGUAUUUGCCCUUCGCCGAGUGGGGAAUGUGCGCACACACAAGUCCGCCGAUCGGGUCUCGAGUGGUUUCGCACAAAACUGCGUUCUAAAUAUAAAAUGCCGCGUCUCAAGUCGGUCCGGGAGCGAGGGGAAAAAUAAUUGUUGUAUAACUGUAAUAAUAAUAGAAAAAAAAUUAAAAACACUCUUUUUCGCACAUUCCACGACAGAUUCCCAUAUCUCGCUCUAUCUCCCUCUCUGGAUACUACCACCACCCCGCCGAACGGACCUGUGUGUCUGUGUGCUUGCAUGUGGACAAGCUUUUUUUUUUUCUUUUCUAUUUUGGACCUUUGCCCGAAACUCAAGAGACCGCCGUGUGACCGUCGUGCAUCUUAAUUCGGCGCAUCGUCGAGAGAGAUAAUACAAAUUCACCAUGUGAUAACGAAUGGCCGGACAACACACGGUCAAUCUGCGGCGACGAUGACCCACAACAGCAACACCUCUCUGCUGGCCAACACGGACUACGGCAGCGGCCGACAACAAGCCACCACUUGGAUCAGACAACCUCAGUACUUCAGCAUCGGUUCGGUGCGGGUCCGGUUCGGGCCGAUCACGGGCAAGACCGAGCAGCAGGUUGCCGUGGCGCCAUCUAACGGAGGUUUCCCGAAGGAUCGUCUGGACACCAUAGAGUCGUCAUGCUGCUGCGGAGUAACAUCCCGAAUCCCUCUUGCGACCGGCUCUAAUAAUAGACACACUACCGGCGGCGGUGGCGGCGCGGCUUGCCUGCCCCGUAAACAGGCGCCAGUGUACCGCAGCACGUUGAGUUGGUCUAACCGCGUACAAAAACCGUCGUCCGGUUGUUUCGGCGUACCACCGUCGACCGUCGACAAUCGCAGUAUCAGUCCACCGCCGAAAGACCGAGAAACCAUUACUCUGGACCGGUUCCAAAGGUUUCGCUUUGGCGGUCGCGGCAACGGCAGAGCGGCGGGUGGCGCCCAAAACAAAAAGAACAAACCGAACGCGGCCCCGAGGACGUCCGACAAAUCGGACCGGCUGCGCAAGUUGACGGACAAGUUGAAGCAGCCACCAGCUGGCGAAACGCGACCGUUGCGAACCACCGACGACGACGACGAUGCGCACCCCUCGACGGGCGCCGCGGAACUGAGCGGCGGCGAGGAGUCGUCGGACACGUUCGACGCGGCGGCCAUUGCGGCGACCGGUGCCGACGUCGGGGCCGGUCAGCGUUCGGCGCCGCCGUUCAGGAGCGCGUCCUUUUCGCAGGUGUACUAUUCGCCGGCGGACGGCAAGUACGUGAGAAUCGCCGACGGCCGCAAGAGGAGCACGGGCGACUCGGUGUCGCCGGGCCGGAAACCGCCACACCUGUCCGGGCCCGCCAGGGCGUAUUCCCAGGACCUGACCGCGGUGCAAGCGGUCCACGCGCCCACGGCGCCCAGGCGGAAAAACAAGCCCGCCAAGUCCGACCAGUCGACCGGGCAAUCGUCGUCGGACGUGCCUACCAUCGAAGAGUGGUCGGAAGUGCGCGAGUCGCCGGAGGAACCGUCGCCGUCCGAGCCGAGCGCGCCCGGUUCGCCCGUCCCGGAACCGGAACCGCCCAACAGUCCGGAAUACCGGCCACAAAUGCCUCAAUGGUCGUCGCUGACGGAGCUACCGCUGUUGCGUCCCAAGUUGUCGGCGCAGAGUUCCGAGGAGAAGGACGAAGCAGACCGGUCAUGUUCGUCGCCGAAAAUCAACAGCUACCGGCAACUGUUGUUGACCAAAGCCGACUCGUUUUCCGAGGGCGACAGUGACCAAGGCAACCACGGCAGCAGUCACCACGCGUCGCUGGCCACCCGAGAGCGCACGUCUUCGCCAACGUGUAAUGACAACAACAAUUCCGACUCGGAAAAGUGUGCCGUCGCCGGGCCGCCCGUUCCGUACUCGAAAAGACCGCUCCGGGGUCCGUACCUGGAGAUGAUAGUGAACGAGAAGAAGAAACCCGGCGAGGUCAACGGUGGCAAGAAGCAAGACGACCUCGGGUUCCUGGACGAAUUCUCCCAACAGCCGGCGGUCCGGUCGGCCGACGACUGUCUGCUGAGAAGAAGUCACACUUCGCCCGAUCAACCGGCCGCCGACCGGUUGAGGCUGAGGACGUCGCCCAAGAGAAAGAUCAGCGCCAACUUGCCGCUGUCGGCGACGGUUCCCAAGAAGCAUGGCGCCAACGAGCCGAUUGUGUUUCACCAGAGAACCACUUCUAGUCCCAGUCAGCUCGAGGGUUGCGCGAGAAUGAAAAAAACGCCCGAACCCAGUCCACAGCUGUUGGCGCAGCUGUUGAAAGGAAGUUCAGAACAAGUUUACGGCGGACCUCUAGCCAACCCGAUGAAGGACACGAGAACGCAUGUGGUGGUCGAGCUUUACGACACGGAACGUUCCUACGUCGAAUCGUUGCAAACCUUAGUAAAUAAAUACCUAUUACCGUUAAAAAGUACCGAGAACGCAGUCCUCAUCGAACCGUCCGUAGUGGACGAAAUUUUUUACCAAAUACCAGAAAUCCUGAUGGAGCACGAACAGUUUCUGAAGGACUUGCACAAACGUCUCGAGAUCUGGGACGCCCACCAGAGGAUCGGCGACAUCCUACUGGAAAUGUUUUCCAAAAAACCUGUGAUAGACUCGUACACGUCGUUUAUAAACAACUGGAAACAAGCCAAAGAAGCCAUCAAGGCUACGUGCAAUUCGAAGCCGGCUUUCGCGAGAUACUUGGAGUCAACCGCUCGAGAACACAAAGGCAAACUGGCGUUGGAUUCGUUACUCAUAAUGCCUGUUCAGCGAGUACCCAGAUACGAACUUCUCAUACAGACUUUGCUGAAGCACACCGAGCCGUCGCAUCCCGACCACGAGUCGCUGAUCGAAUCGCAAAAACAGGUACACGAAAUGGCUGUGAAAAUCAAUUGUACCGAGAAAGAUAACAUGGAGCUAGAACAGAUUGAAUCGCUCAUCGACGGACUCAUCCAUCUGGCCGCCACCGACAGAACAUUCCUAAGACACGAUUUAGUGACCAUAGUCUCCGGACAGUCGAUGAACCGCAAGGAACGUGCGUUGUUCCUGUUUUCCGACCUGUUGAUCGUCACCAGCAUAAAAAAGAAAAGCGGCACCAUCCGGAAACCUUCCACAACUUCCCCAAACAGUGUGGUAAGCAAUUUGGAAGCGAACAAGUACAAAUUGCUCAUGAAGAUACCAUUAGACGACGUUGAAAUAGUCAAAGUGAAAGACGAAAACGUAAGACGUAUGCUUCGUGAGAUGGAGUACUUGUCAGAAGACGUAUCUACCCUGACACAGAUGACUGAUAUGGUUGCCAUGUUGCAUUGUCCGCACGGUCAACUGGAGGAUUCUAUCAAAGACAUGCUGAGCGCUGUCAACAAACAACUGUCCGAACGACAGGCCAGUGAUACUCAACUGUGUUAUUUGGAACUGAACUUGCACACCAGAAAUGGAACGGAGACGAUAUCGAUAAUGUUUUCCAAGCCGGAAAAACGAGCCAACUGGGAAGAAUCGUUCAACGAAGCUAAACAAAAACUAGUGCUGUCGACCGAUCGAAGACCUAAUGCCGACUUCGUCGGUCCCGUGCCCAUAAGGAAGACGAGGGCUGGUUUGCAAUUUACUUGUGCGGCUCCGGCGCUGAACCAAAGAGAUGUUUGGGUUUGCAACAGCGACGGAUACGUCGGCCAGGUGUGCGUUUUGAGUCUGUAUCCCGAACCGACGGUGACUUCUUGCAACGGGGUGUGCAACGCUCGCAUACUGUGCGUCACUUCCAUACCGGCUCCACAACGAGUAGAUCAAAACAGCGAUGCGACCAAAGACGACCGGAGCGGCAAUACCGAGAUUAGCAUAUCAAUAGAAGACACUGAUCGAACGGGACCGGACAUCAAGUUGGACAGUUCGUCCAGCGAAGAAGACGAUGACAAAGAACCCAACAGCGAUAGCGUUCCCGACGGCCUUUACCCUCUGGAUCCGGUUGACUUCGAGGGCGAGCCCACUAUGUGGUUAGGCACCGAAGACGGUUGCAUACACGUGUACAACUCAAUGGACAACAUAAGAAUCAAACGGAAUAAAGUGAAAAUCCAACACGGAUCAGCCGUGCACUGUAUCAUCUAUUUGAACAAUCGGGUGUACGUUUCGUUAGCGAACGGCGACAUCUGUAUUUAUUAUCCGGACACAAAUGGUAGUUGGAACACAUCUGAUCCGGUUACCAUCAACGUCGGGUCGGCGGCCAUGCCCGUUUCUAAAAUGUUACCUGUCGGAGAUAAGCUGUGGUGUUUGUGUCACAACACCGUUAAAAUAUUAGACACUAUUACGUUACAAUUCCAACAUACGUUUGUCAUCGGUGGUGACUCGAACAGAUCACUCACUAACAUGGUCGUCUCCGGGAUGGGCGUUUGGCUGUCGCUACAGAACUCGGCCGUACUCCGUCUCGUCCAUUCCAUUACAUACGAAGUACUGGCCGAAGUGAAUACGGCGCCGGCCGUUACUAAAAUGCUCUCAAGCUGUGAUGAUAUUAUAAGGCAACACAAAGCGGCGUGUCUUCGAGUCACGUCUCUGUUGGCGGUCAAAGACCUCUUGUGGAUCGGCACCAGUGCGGGUGUCGUUUUAACCAUGUCCAUUCCAGCUGUAGUGGCAAACACUUGUAAGCUCGCAACACUUCCCGUUCCUAUAGGAGUACCGCACGGACAUACCGGUCACGUCCGGUUCCUGACAUUGGUCGGCCAUUUGCCGCAAAAUUUCUCCAAGCAGCGCCGUCAAUCGCUCAACCAGAGGAAGAUGAGUUCGGUUGGCAAACUGUUGCUGAUAUCCGGCGGUGACGGAUACGAGGACUUCCGGUCGACGACCGCGUCGGAAGUGGCCGGCCGCGAAGACUCCACAAACCAUUUGUUACUGUGGCACGUUUAAAAAAAAAAAAACAAUAAUAGUACAACUAUUAAUAGUUAUAUUAUUAUACAUACCAAAAGCGGUAAUAGCGGUAGUACCGGCGUUACCGAUGAUUUCGAGACAAUCGCUGAAGUCACCACGAGCGAACAAGGGCGAUUGUAAUUAUGUAACUUUUGACGUCAGUCGUUGAUCUACUGACCCAGUUGUCUUGCCCAAGUGGCCGCUAUCGCCUGACCUCAACUAAGGGAUUAGAAUUAAUAGGAAAUUUGCGAAUUCCUUUUUCAAUAUUAUAUCCCGCUGACCUUCACGUCGGUUAGACUAGAAGCAUUUAACUAAAAUUCGGCCUAUAUUACUGUAUGAUUAAUUUUCGAGAUAAUUGUAUAUUAUAAUACAGUGAUAGUGCGCAUCUUCAUUUAUACUCUACGGUGAAGCCGUCAUUUGUUUUUUAUGAGUUGGUCAAUGAACUCCCUCUUUAAGUGAACAAAAAACGUUCGUUAAACAUACUUUAAAACCGUCAAUAAUUUUAUUUACAAAAAUUACAAUUACAAUUUCCACUCCUCAAUUGUAUACAACCAUUGAAAAUCUGAUCACCGGUGGACAACAUUUCGUUGUAUAAGGCUUUCUUAGUAUAAAAAAAAUUGUCAAAUAGAAAUUAAAAAUUUUUUUUUAAAUGUAAUGCUAAAAAUAUGAAAUCCGUAAAACUCAAUUAAAGUUUAGCAAAUAUUGCCUAUUUAUUUUAUUUUUUAACAAUAACUAUAAAAAAUAUAAUGAAAUAUAUAAAGGAAAAAAUAAUAAUAUGUACACAAAAUUAACAGAAUCUACGAAACAAGCAAACAUUUUAAAUCAUUUUUUUUACAUUGUCCUUUUAAGUGACCAAAAGUAUACCAUAUUACCAGAUACCUGCUAAUAAAAAAUUAAAAAAUGUAUUGAUAACAAUUAUUGUUAAAAGUUUUGCACUACACCAGUGUGUUGUAUAGAUACGUACAGUUAAUUAAGUAUCUCACUACUGAAGUUGUAAUAAAUAAUUUUAAAUGAAAAUGUAUUUGUAGCGAGUUGUUUUUUUUAAUUAUAAAAUAUAAAUUUAAUUUGUUUUUACUUUGUAUAUUUUAAAAAUAUUUUGUUGUUUUUUUUACGAUAAACAAAAUUUACUUUUAAAAAAAUGUUACCAAAUUGUUACUGAAUGUAAAUCAUUAUUAUUAU